UGCUUGUCUGGACUCCUGCUGGAAUGGACAGGAGGCAUUUCUAUGGACAUGCCGCAACCUCUUCAGUACGCUUAAGCGAGUGAAAGUUGCGAUUUAGGUACUGCAUACGCUGUAUUCGCCUACCGAAUUUCGGAUUAACUUCUCAAUUUAGCAUUUUAGAAUCUCGUAUCCACGAUGAACCACAAGGACGUACCAAAGAUGUCCGUGACGGCGCAGUUCGACGAUUUCUGUCGAAGGUUCGCUGGCGAUGACGACGAAGUAUUGAGCACAAUGUUAGAUUUUGUGAGGAACCAGGAAGUGUGCCGGCAGCGAUGGGAAGCAGCAGAAAAGUGUUGCAGCAGACUCGCGGAAGACAAUGAGUCCCUGGUUCUGGUGAACUCGAAGCUUCAAGCAAAGCUGCGUUACACAAGGGAUGUGCUUGAAAAGGAGGUCCAGAGAAAACUGAAAUGUGAAGCGCACCUGGAAGCCCUGCAAGCACAGCUUGACCAGGUCCGCUACUGCGUCUUUGGCCAAAGCUUUGAGAACAGGGAGCACCACAUGGUCAGGAUCUUGAAGAAUGUUCUCAGUCAGGAUAAUUUUGUGAGCACCAUGGCCGACAAGUCAGUGCAGUCUGUGCUCUCCCCAACAAGCACAACCUUCUCAAGCCUGGCGCAUCAUAAUGAAGACCUUGCAUCGAGGGAGGUUAGCGGGGAUACUCGCCACAUAUUGCUUGGUAUGCAGGCGACACAGUCUCCGCUUCCCUUGGCAGGAACAAGGCACCUCUCUUCUGGGCAAGCUCUUUCAGGAGCAGUGCCUUCUGGAUCUGUCUCUUUUAGGCCAGUCUCUACUGGGCCGCUCUAUUCUGGAGCUACUGCUGCGUCUGUUCCUGCUAGACCAGCCCUGCCUGUAACCGUACCAGCGGUACAAGUCCCUUCUGGAGCUAUCCCUUCUGAAGCUGUGGCUUCUGGAGCUGCCUCCUCUGGUGUUGUCUCUUCUGGACCUGUCGCUCCGGCACCGGCCCUGCCUAUAUCUGUACCCGUGGUGCCGGUCGCUUCUAAGGCUAUUCCUUCUGAAGCUAACUCUUCUGGAGCUGUCUUCCCUGCUGCUGUUUCUUCUGGCUCUGUCACUCCUGGACCAGCCCUAUCUGGAUCAGUACCCAUAGUACCAGACCCUCCUAUAACUCUUUCUUCGGGAGCUCCCACUUCCGUAGCUGUGUCCUCUGGUGUUGUUUCUUCUGGAUUUAUCACUAAUGGACCAGCCUCACAUGGAUCUGUACCAAUGGCACCAGUCACUUCUGGAGUGACCUCUUCUGGACAUGCCACUCCUGGAUCACUUUCUUUUAAGCUGGUCCGUCCUAGAGCUGCUCCUACUUACUCUAUUUCCCCUGGACAUGCCCUCUCCAGUUCUGUACCUGUGGAAUCAGUCACUUCCGAAGCUGUCUCUUCUGCAGCACGUGUUCAUGCCACGUCUGCUUUACAUGCCGGAUAUGUCAAUGCCAGAUCCGUCUAUACCGGAUCUACCCGUGCUCGAUUUGUUUCCACUGGGUCUACCCCUGCAGGCCCGGUUCCUCUUCCAUGGGGUCCUGUCGGGCCUGCCAGCACUGGGCCGGACCCUUGCAGAUCAGCUCCCCCUAGACCUGGGCCUGUUCCUUCGAAACCUACUGCUGCUGAACGAUGUUCUUCUGGACUUGGCCCUGCUCCUGCCAAAGUCCACUUUGAGCUCUCUGGUUCCCAAAAGACAAGCACUUGCAGCGGUUCCCAUGAGACCAGCGGCCGUGGUGAGGUGUUUGCCACAACCAUGACUGUGGUGGCAGGGGAGCCUGGCUACGUAGCAACAGUCACAUCCCAGAUGGAAGGUAGCAUCAGCAGCAGCAACUCGUCUCACCAGCGAUUUCGGCGCAGUCGCAGUGGGCCAGCCCUGCUUGUUCAGCACUCCCAGAAAGCCAAGGAGAAGGUGGCAUCUGUGCCUCAAUCAAACCCCGUGCUGGAGGAGAGUGGCCUGGAGGAAGAAUCGGGUUUUGUGUCAAGGCUGGAACGCUUGGGGCCCCAGAAGAGCAGCACCCCUGUUCCUGACACACUCCAGCAGCAACAGCCACACACCUUCAUCAGUCGGCCCGCCGUCAACCCCGAGAACUGCACCGCGUGCGACAAACGCAUCCGUUUCUACAAGGCCUCGUUCCAAUGCGGUGCCUGCGGCAUCGUCUGCCACCCGGAGUGCAGGAGCCUUGUUCCACUUCCCUGUGGUCUUAGAGCACCACCUCCGGAGGCCGGAGGUGCAAGUCACAGUACAGCGGCAAAGAGCAGCCCGGGUUUCCUGACCGACUAUGCACCCUCCGAGCCACCGUUUGUGCCGCCCCUGGUGGUUCACUGUAUUCGUGAGGUGGAGCGGAGAUGCCUCCAAGAGAGGGGGCGGCUCUACGGUUCAGCAGCACCACCCGAGGAAGUGGACACGCUGCUUGGACAGUUGUUGAGUGGCCGAGACGUGCCUGUUCUUAGUGGUCACAGCUUGCCAGUGGUGUGUGGAGCGCUGAUGAAAUUCCUGGCUGCCCUGCGGGAAACCGUUAUCACCAAGUCGGUCUGGCCGUUACUCGCCGAGGCUGCUGUGACAGGUGACGAGGACAAGGAGAACCGUGCGUGGAGGCUCCUAGACGCAACACGACGACUGCCAGCUGCCAAUCGUGCUGUGCUGGCAAAGCUGCUGGUACACCUGAGAAGUGUGUCAGCCACGUCGCUUGGCGGCGACGGCCGAUCCCUCGACGAGCUGGUACCUGUGUUUGCGCCUGUGGUUGUGGGCUGUUCUGAAAACAACCCGCCCACCGAGGUGCAAGAGCGGGACAGACCCCUGCGGGAUCUGAUUAUGCACUGCCUUCUUGGUGUACCAGACGUUUAUUGGACGGACAAUGCCGCUCCUGCGAGCUCUGACCCAAUUGAAACUGUGCAGCAGGAGACAAGGCCAGGAACGACGGCAAAUGAUUGCUGCACAGCGGGCUGGAAGGAGGCCAUCAAGAGCAAGCUAAGGCGAUCGAUUGGCGUGGGCUCCUUGGACACUGGAAAUAGGAAGUGACAGAGCCACACAGUGAUGUUUAAUGGCAUUCUUCUCUCUUGCACAUGAGCACAGUUCUGCUUUUUAUUUAUUGACUUAACCGCUAUAUUUUAACUUAUACGAAGCCUGUACAGGCCAAGAGAUGUGAUACGCCUAGUCAAUAAACCAUUUUAUAGUUUCCA